GGUCAUCUUAUAUCAGAGAUAUAAAAAACUCUGACAACUAUUUCCACCUAUAUUAGCCAACAUCCGUAAACCGAUUUUAGGCAGAUGUAUUAAAUCAUCUACUGUGAAGAGAGUCUUUUAGCUGAAAAAGUCAAGUCAAGAUAAACAGCACUUUUUAAAUAAAGUUUGAUAAUUUAAGCUAACUUUAGCCACCAUGAGCUGCUAAGUAUAAUUAUAGCAGCAAAACCUUAAAUAAUACAAGUUGUUUCCAUUCUUAUGUAUCAAACUUUCCAUUUGUUAAUGAAUUGUUUUCACUUUGGAAAAUGUCAGUCUGCUUUUAGCACAUCUAAAGGGUACAGUUGUUACAUUUGAGGAUUUCAUAUUGGGAUGUUAGGAAAGAUUAAGAUCUGUUUGUUUAGGGAAGUUGGUCCUAAUUGGCUAGGCUACAGCCAUAGCUUCUCAUGAAUUCCUGUGUUUUUCUAACAUGAUUCUAGCUGAGCUCCAACUCAAACCCUGCUGUGGGUGAGCACAGUUAAAAAUAAUCACAUCAUGUGCACUUUUGUGGCUUGACUUUUUAGAAGCUCACGAAUAUCCGCAAACUCUGUAGCACUUGGCCGAGUGGCGACUCUCUCAGCUGUGGUGAUCACCUCUUCCUCAUAAUAAUGAUACCCCGGACAUAAGUCUGUAAACGGAACUGAGCUAUCAGCGGAGGAGUUAGAUGGAAUCCGCUGUCGUGUUUUAGGUUAAUUAUACCUCCAUAGCGGUGACAUCCUGUGGAAACUAAGUCAGAUUUUCAGAGAGUGAACGAAGAGGAAGUUUGGAGAUGGACAACGACGACAGUCCCAUCGCCAGGGUGGAGAGGACUUUGUGGACAGUCUGGAACUAUAUAACCGGAGCUGUGAACAGAUUCCUAAGGCCAGAGCCCGCUGACAUCUCCAACAACGACCCAAACUCCAUCCAGGAAUCUGCUGUUGAGAGGGAGUCCGCUCACUUUGGUCACACAGAUAGUGAAACGGGGGUCAAUGAGGAACAAACUCUUCCAUCAGACUCUCUACUUAGCUCAUCCCUGCCAGUUGUUGCCUGGGAUCUUUGCACUACAGACAUCGACCUGAGGCCCGAUGAAGAAAGUGUGCUGUACAAAACCCAGUCCAGCAGAGGCAGCGUCAGUGAUGACUCUGAGGAAGGUCGGGGCACGAGAGAGGAACAAUUUGAACCAAAAGGAAAUGACAAUGCAGGGCUGCAGUUCACAAGGGAAGACAAACAAGAAGCAGACGAAGAUCAGAAAUUGCUCACGGAUGGACAAGAUGACACGCCAGAGAAUAGAGAGGAUGAAGAACAUGCGAUCACCCGGUCACUAAGACCUACAGGUGAUGCAAUGACUGAAGACAUGGAGGACGACGAAAGAGAAACUAGUGACGACAAAGAGAUGACCAUGACACCAGAGAAUCUUCAAAAAAUGGAUGAGACCCUUCAAGUACAGGAAGAAGAUGAGCAUGGAGAUGAAGAUUUGCAGGCGGAAGACAGUGAGGUAAACUUGAUCACAAUAACAGAUUUGAGUCUAGAAGAGAAGGAUAACAUUGACGUAGAAGAGGCUAAGUUACAGAUAAAAGAAGCAGAUACAGAGGCGAUGUCUGAGGAAGUAGAAAACAAAGAUGGUGUGCCACAGCUGGCCUCUGAAAAUGAGAACAAGUCUGAUGACAGAGCAAAACAAGUUGGUGAAGAGUUCUCAGAUGAUGACAAAGAUAGACAAGAGGACGGUGGAAUAGUGUCCAAGGAAGAGCCUAAUGUCGUGCAGCAAGAGCAUGCUAUGGUUGAUAGAAAUAAAAGUGAUAAAGUGGAGGAGGAGGAGGAGGAAGAAGAGGAAGAGGAGGAGGAAGAGGUGUUGGAGGAGCAGAAGAGCACAAUGGAUGAGGGGGAUUUCAAUGAAGAAGGUGUGAGUGAGGGUACAAACAACCAGGCAAUAGAUGAAGCAUUGGAGGAGGAAGACCACAUCAAAACAGAUACAGAAGACAGUCAAGAAGAAGAUAUAAUAACCGAAUGUGUUACAUGCAGCAAAGAAGACGAGCAGAAUGAUAAAACAGAGCUAGCUGAAAACAUAUAUGGAGAACAAGAGGAUCAGGCGAAGGACACUGAAAUGCAAACCAAAACAAGAGAGACAGAUGAGACAGAAAGCCACAUGAUCAAUGAAGACUCUGAUGUGCCAACAACACACAUUUCAGUACAUGAUAGUUCUUUUAAUAAAGUAGAAGAAGAAAGGCUCGCCAGUGAAGUAGUCCAAGAGGAAUGUAACAUGGAAAUAGCAUGUACCACCACCUCAGUUAUGGUAAGACCUGAAGGCGAGACUGGAAAGGAAAUGAGUGUUGAGUGUAAGAAUAUUCCUCUGGGGAUAUGUGAAGGCCCGGUUGUUGUGUCGCAGGAGUUACAGAGGAACGAAGCAGAUAGAGAGGCAACAUCUGAGGAAGUAGAAAACAAAGAUGGUGUGCCACAGCUGGCCUCUGAAGAUGAGAACAAGUUUGAUGAAAGAGCAAAACAAGUCGGUGAAGAGUUCUCAGAAGAUGAUAAAGAUUUCAAGGAAGACCCAGGCUUCACUUCACUUCAUGUCGAAACCCAAAACAAACAAGAGGACGGUGGAAUAGUGUCCAAGGAAGAGCCUAAUGUCGUGCAGCAAGAGCAUGCGAUGGCUGAUAGAAGUAAAAGUGAUAAAGUGGAGGAGGAAGAGGAAGAGGAGGAGGAGGAAGAGGAGGAGGAGGAGGAGGAAGAAGAAGGAGAGGAGGAGGAGGAAGAGGAGGAGGAGGAGGAAGAGGUGUUGGAGGAGCAGAAGAGCACAAUGGAUGAGGGGGAUUUCAAUGAAGAAGGUGUGAGUGAGGCUACAAACAACCAGGCAAUAGAUGAAGCAUCGGAGGAGGAAGACCACAUCAAAACAGAUACAGAAGACAGUCAAGAAGAAGAUAUAAUAACCGAAUGUGUUACAUGCAGCAAAGAAGACGAGCAGAAUGAUAAAACAGAGCUAGCUGAAAACAUAUAUGGAGAACAAGAGGAUCAGGCGAAGGACACUGAAAUACAAACCAAAACAAGAGAGACAGAUGAGACAGAAAGCCACAUGAUCAAUGAAGACGCUGAUGUGCCAACAACACACAUCUCAGUACAUGAUAGUUCUUUUAAUAAAGUAGAAGAAGAAAGGCUCGCCAGUGAAGUAGUCCAAGAGGAAUGUAACAUGGAAAUAGCAUGUACAACCUCCUCAGUUACGGUAAGACCUGAAGGCGAGACUGGAAAGGAAAUGAGUGUUGAGUGUAAGAAUAUUCCUCUGGGGAUAUGUGAAGGCCCGGUUGUUGUGUCACAGGAGUUACAGAGGAACGAAGCAGAUAGAGAGGCAACGUCUGAGGAAGUAGAAAACAAAGAUGGUGUGCCACAGCUGGCCUCUGAAGAUGAGAACAAGUUUGAUGAAAGAGCAAAACAAGUCGGUGAAGAGUUUUCAGAAGAUGAUAAAGGUUUCAAGGAAGACCCAGGCUUCACUUCACUUCAUGUCGAAACCCAAAACAAACAAGAGGACGGUGGAAUAGUGUCCAAGGAAGAGCCUAAUGUCGUGCAGCAAGAGCAUGCGAUGGCUGAUAGAAGUAAAAGUGAUAAAGUGGAGGAGGAGGAAGAAGAGGAGGAGGAGGAAGAAGAGGAAGAGGAGGAGGAGGAGGAAGAGGAGGAGGAGGAGGAAGAGGAGGAUGAGGAGGAAGAGGUGUUGGAGGAGCAGAAGAGCACAAUGGAAGAGGGGGAUGUCAAUGAAGAAGGUGUGAGUGAGGCUACAAACAACCAGGCAAUAGAUGAAGCAUCGGAGGAGGAAGACCACAUCAAAACAGAUACAGAAGACAGUCAAGAAGAAGAUAUAAUAACCGAAUGUGUUACAUGCAGCAAAGAAGACGAGCAGAAUGAUAAAACAGAGCUAGCUGAAAACAUAUAUGGAGAACAAGAGGAUCAGGCGAAGGACACUGAAAUGCAAACCAAAACAAGAGAGACAGAUGAGACAGAAAGUCACAUGGUCGAUGAAGACUCUGAUAUGCCAACAACACACAUUUCAGUACAUGAUAGUUAUUUUAAUAAAGUAGAAGAAGAAAGGCUCGCCAGUGAAGUAGUCCCCAAGGAAUGUAACAUGGAAAUAGCAUGUACAACCACGUCAGUUACGGUAAGACCUGAAGGCGAGACUGGAGAGGAAAUGAGCGUUGAGUGUAAGAAUAUUCCUCUGGGGAUAUGUGAAGGCCCGGUUGUUGUGUCGCAGGAGCUAGACUCUCCAGCAUUUGAGGAAACACAAGAGGGAUUUCCUGACUAUAAAAAUAAGCUAGAUGAAAACACAACACAAAGGUUCCUGGAAGAAGGGGAUUGCGGGGAAAUCCAGGGCAGCCAGUUACCAGAAGAGGUGAAGGGCAAAGAGCCGGAGAGCCUUCAAAACAGUGGCUGGAGCACCGAAGCUGACUAUUUACUGGUGAGGGAGCGUAAGGAGGAAGGAGAAGAAGGCACCAGAGAUAUUGAGAACAGCUUUGACGACAGGUUAACUGAAGAUACGGAGGAGCAACUUCUUGAAGCAGUAAUUCAAGACUCAGGACAUUUCUUGGAGGGAGAGGAAGGAGAUUUACUGUCAAUGAAGUCGAGGAUCGUACGCUCAGACGAGACAGAUAAGGUGGCAGAAGAGCCGCAAGAUGGGACUGAAGAGCUUUUGGUUGAAUUUGACAUAGAAAAGGGGUUAUGUGAUUACAAAUUAUCUGAUCAAGUUGGCAGUGAGGCGAAAGAAGCUGUCACAGCAGAGGAAGUGGUCUGGUCCACUGAUGAAACUUUCCUCAGGGCUGAAAUAGAGACAAGCUUCUUCCAGGAAUCUGAAGAUGCCCGAAACUCAGAGCAAAGCAAAAAUAUGACUCUUAGUUUAUCAGAAAAUGUGACUGAAUUUGAAUUCUUAAAACAGUCAGAAGAUAUUAUGCCUGAAAUACUCGUAGAUGUAGAAAUGCACGAUGCAGGGAUAGAUGUGGAAGAAAUGGGUUAUGGAAUUGAGGAGGAGGCGGCAGAAGAGGAAAUGCAAGACAAAACUGAGAUGGAGAUUUCACAUCAGAAGGAAGCAGGGAUGGCAGAAUCUGAUUUGGAGGUGAGAAAUCAACUAUCAGAUAAAGCACUUGAGAUUACAAAGGAGGAGAUUUUGACUCAAGAGGCCGGGGAAUCAAAGACAGAUGAGUCCAAACCAAAAUAUAUGACUGUGUUUUCAGCAGAAGCAGUGGCAGAGCAUGUGACAGAAUCGGAAGGGAUUCAUGAUGAAGGAACAGUCUGUGGAGGUCAGGAUGUGAUUGAUGAAGAAAUCCUUGAUUUGUGGAUACAAACGGCUUUGUCGGAGGACACAGAUCGUAUAAAACAACAAGAAGAGCCAGAGCCAGCACAUCAAAUUAAGCCAUCGUAUGAGGAACAAGAUGAAGUAUCAUCAGUGCAGACAGAGAACGAUAAAGAGCAGCUUGUGGUGUUAAAUUUAAAGGAAUCUGAGUUAGUAAGUGAUACGUCUUCAUCAACAGUAGAAUCUGGAUUUUUAGACCAGUCUCUCAGUGAAGGGGGGGAAACUCAGCUGCUGAACUCAACUAUUGCUGGGUCAUUUCAGGGCAUAUAUGACAUGUUGGCUAAUAUGUCAGGAUCAGCAGACAUCGCUGAAUUGUCAACACAACAAUUUAACUCCGACAUUCAGGAUAUAUUGAUGGAGGAAACAGCUCAGACAGGGAGAUCAUAUCUGAAAGAGGAGGAAUCAAUCACUGAGACAGGAUUUCAACCGGAUUCAGGGGCCCCGUCACCAGACGCUGGACAUCUAUAUCAGGAGUCAGAUAAAGCACAAGAAAAAUCAGAUAAAGAAAUUGCUGAAUCAGAGGAGACUGAAACCGAUUCUCAGACAGAGAUUAAUGCUGAGGUAACUGAAUGGAAAGACACGGAAGAAGCAGACGCUCUAUUCAAAGUGGAGAAACCAGAAGCUGAAGAUGAGCCUCUUCAGAGAUCUGACUCUCCUGCUGAAUUGAAACACACUGAAUCAGGACAACCCCAAAGUAGCUCAGAGGCUUCUUCUUCAGGGGAGGAAAUACUGUUGGCAGAAUCUGGUUCACCAGACGACACCUGCACUGAACCAACACUUCGAGGGUCAGAGGAUGAAGCUGAAUCAUUACCUGUGUCAAAUGAAGUGAAGGUGGAAGAUCAGCUGAUGGAAGAGUAUGAAGAUCUGAUGGAGGUGGACUCCGCUGCCCUUGACUUUACUGUGCAAAGGUCAAGAAUUGCUGUUAAAAACCCUCGUGUAAGGCCGCCCAAAGAUCCACGCUUCCUCCUACAUAUGCCCUCAGUGGCUCCUACACCCUCUCCACGUCCGUCGGCCAAAGUCCCUGCAGGAGUGCCUUUAGGAGGCAUGGGCAUUGGAAUAAAACUGCCUGGGCUUGGUGCAGGAUUUCCUGUUUUAAAAAAGACACAACGGCGGGUGGAGAGAGAUGAAAAUAGUCCAGACACCGUUUCUCAGGAGCCAGAGGAGAAGAGUGACACUCCCAAACAAGAUGAGACACCACAGAAACCUAAAUGGAUGCCACCAAGACAUCCGGGAUUCGGUAACCCACUGAUGUCCGAGCUGAAGACCAAACUGAAGAAAACCACGAAAGAAUGACAUGUAGAUUAAUUUGAAUGCUUUGUAUGAAUGAUUGAAAAUAAUAUACAAAUUGCUUUAUUUUUGAUGUAUUUAUGAAACUGAAUACAGUGUUGAAAUGUUCAUCAGAUCCAUUGCGUGCCUUAUGUUUUGUAAUAAAGCUUAUCUGAAUAAAAUAUAGUAAUUUUUA